CCCGAGCCCGCCGCGAUGGGGGCCGCCGGCGGCCGGAGCGCCCACCUGGGGCCCCGGCCCGCGCCAGCCGCCCGCCCGCCGCGCGCCCUGCUCCUGCUGCAGCUGCUGCUGCUCGUCUCGGCGCCCGGCGGCCCGCGGGGCCCAGGCGCCGCGGCCCAGGGCGCCAGCUUCCCGGAGCUGUGCAGUUAUACAUGGGAAGCCGUUGAUACCAAAAAUAACAUACUUUAUAAAAUAAACGUCUGUGGAAAUGUGGCUAUUUCCCAAUGUGGGACAUCAAGUGCUAUUUGUAUGUACAAUUGGAAGACAAAGAGUUAUCAUUCAGUGGGUGACUCUCUUUUGAAAAGUGGAACCAGAUCUCUUCUGGAGUUCAACACAACAGCGAGUUGUGGGCCAUCAAGCACAGAUCACAAAGUCCAGAGCAGCAUCACCUUUCUGUGUGGGAAAACUCUGGGAACUCCUGAAUUUGUCGCUGCAACAGAAUGCGUGCAUUACUUUGAGUGGAGGACGACAGCAGCCUGCAAGAAAGACACAUUUAAAGCCAGUAAAGAGGUGCCAUGCUACGUGUUUGAUGCGGAGUUAAAGAAGCAUGAUUUAAAUCCACUGAUCAAGAGUAGCGGUGCUUACCUGGUGGAUGACUCUGAUCCUGAUGCUUCUCUGUUCAUCAACGUUUGUAGAGACAUAGACUCAGUGCGUGACUCCAGCCUGCAGUUGCGUGCCUGCCCCACUGGUGCUGCUGCCUGCCUGGUGAGAGGGGACCAGGUUUUCGACGUUGGCCAACCGAAGGAGGGGCUGAAGUUCGUGGGCAAGGACAGGCUUAUCCUGAGUUAUGUGAAGGAAGGGGCAGCCAAGCCAGACUUCUGUGACGGUCACAGCCCAGCGGUGACUAUUACCUUUGUGUGCCCCUCAGAGCGAAGAGAGGGCACCAUUCCCAAGCUCACCGCGAAAUCCAACUGCCGCUACGAGGUGGAGUGGAUCACUGAGUACGCCUGCCACAGGGAUUAUCUGGAGAGUAAAACCUGUUCUCUGAACAGUGAGCAACAUGACAUCUCCAUCGACCUUAAACCGCUCUCACCGAACAAAUCGUCAAGCUCCCCAUACUAUACCGCAGAUGGAAAAGAAUAUGUUUUUUACUUUGAUGUGUGUGGCGAAGCCGAAACACAAGCCUGCAGUAAGAAAGGAGCUGCAGUUUGCCAAGUGAAAAAGGGCGCAUCCAAUCAAGUCAAAGUGGCAGGAAAAUACCAGAACCAAACCCUCCGCUACUCUGAUGGUGACCUCACCUUAAUAUAUUUUGGAGGAGACGAAUGCAGCUCAGGCUUUCAACGAAUGAGCGUCAUAAACUUUGAAUGCAAUAAAAUUGCAGGUAGCGACGGGAAAGGAGCCCCUGUGUUCACAGGGGAGGUGGACUGUACCUAUUUCUUCACUUGGGACACGAAGUAUGCCUGUGUCAAGGAGAAGGAGGACCAGCUGUGCGGCCUUAGCGACAGGAAGAGGCGCUACGACCUGUCCCCUCUGGCUCGACACUCAGAACGGGAACAGAACUGGGAAGCUGUGGAUGGCAGCCAGGCAGAUGUGGAAAAGAAGCAUUUUUUCAUUAACAUCUGUCACCGAGUGCUACAGAAGGGCCAGGCCAGAGGCUGCCCCGAGGACGCGGCCGUGUGUGCCGUGGAUAAGAGUGGAAGUAAAAAUCUGGGAAAAUUUAUUUCUUCUCCCACAAAAGAUGAAGGAAACAUUCAACUCUCUUAUUCAGAUGGUGAUGAUUGUGGUAAUGGCAAGAAAAUAAAAACUAACAUCACACUUGUGUGCAAGCCAGGUGAUUUACAAAGUGCUCCAGUGCUGAGAAGUUCUGGGGAUAAUGGUUGUUUCUAUGAGUUUGAGUGGCACACGGCUGCUGCCUGCGUGUUGGCCAGGACGGAGGGUGAGAACUGUACGGUUUUUGAUCCCCAGGCAGGGUUUUCCUUUGAUUUGUCACUUCUCAAAAAGAAAAAUGGCAGCUAUCAAGUUGAAACAGAGAAGUAUGACUUUUACAUAAACGUGUGUGGUUCUGUGACCGUGGACUCUUGUGAGUCAAACUCUGGAGCAUGUCAGGUCGCAAAAAGUGACAAGAAGGCUUGGAACCUGGGCCUGAGUAAUGCUAAACUUUCUUAUUAUGAUGGGAUGAUCCAGUUGAACUACAAAGAUGGUACACCCUAUAAUAAUGAAAAGCAUACACCAAGAGCUACACUUAUCACUUUUCUUUGUGAUCGGGAUGCUGGUAUAGGUGUCCCUGAAUAUCAGGAAGAAGAUAACUCUACUUACAAUUUCCGGUGGUACACCAGCUACGCCUGCCCUGAGGAGCCCCUGGAGUGUGCAGUGACAGACCCCUACACGCUGGAGCAGUACGACCUCUCCAGCCUAGCAAAAUCUGGAGGCAGCCGGGGCGGAAACUGGUACGCCAUGGAUAAUGGCGGGGAGCGUUCCACCUGGAGGAAGUACUACCUCAAUGUCUGUCGGCCCCUGAACCCGGUGUCAGGCUGUGACCGCUUUGCCUCCGUGUGUGAGAUGAAGUACAAGCGUGAGCAAGGCUCCUCUUCCGAGAUUGUCUCCAUCAGCAACUUGGGCAUUGCGAGGGCGGGUCCCUCGAUUGAGGACAGGGGCAGCCUCCUCCUUGAGUAUGUGAAUGGCUCGGCCUGUAGGACCAGCGAUGGCCAGCUGACCACCUACACCACGCGGAUCCACCUCAUCUGUUCCCCGGGCAGCCUGAACACCCAUCCCAUAUUUUCUCUCAGUUGGGAGUGUGUGGUCACUUUCCUGUGGAACACGGAGGCUGCCUGUCCUGUCCGGAUAACCACAGACACAGACCAGGCCUGCUCUAUAAAGGAUCCUAACAGUGGAUUUGUGUUUAACCUGAACCCACUCAAUAGUUCUCAAGGAUAUGUGGCCUCGGGCAUCGGGAAGACCUUUGUGUUGAACAUCUGUGGAGAGAUGCCGGCUUGUGGGACAGUUGAUGGGAAGCCAGCCUUUGGCUGUGAGGCAGAAACCCAGACAGAAGAUCUGAAGAACCUAAAGCCUGAAAGGGCCGUCGGAGGUGAGAAGAGCCUCCAGCUGUCCACUGAGGGCUUCAUAACUCUGACCUACAAAGGACCGCUCUCGGCAGCCGGAGGUACUGCUGAUGCCUUCAUCAUCCGCUUUGUUUGUAACGACGAUGUUUACCCAGGAGCACUCAAAUUCCUGCAUCAAGACAUCGACUCUGGGCUUGGGAUCCGUGACACGUUCUUUGAGUUUGAAACAGCUUUGGCCUGCGUGCCUUCUCCAGUGGAUUGCCAAGUCACUGACCCUGCUGGAAACGAAUACGAUCUGAGUGGCUUAAGCAAAAUAAGGAAGCCUUGGACUGCUGUUGACACCUCAGCUGAUGGGAAGAAGAGAACCUUCUACUUGAGUGUUUGCAAUCCUCUCCCUUUUAUUCCCGGAUGCCACGGCAGCGCAGUGGGCUCUUGUUUAAUAUCGGAAGACAAUAGCUGGAACCUGGGGGUGGUGCAGAUUAGUCCUCAAGCUGCAGGGAACGGGUCCCUGAGCAUUGUGUAUGUCAAUGGCGACAAGUGUGGGAACCAGCGUUACUCCACCAGGAUCAUGUUUGAAUGUGCUCAGACGUCGGGAUCACCAAUGUUUCAGCUUUUGGAUGACUGUGAGUAUGUGUUUGUCUGGAGAACGGUAGAGGCCUGCCCCAUCGUCCGGGUAGAAGGAGAUGACUGCAAGGUGAAGGACCCCAGGCAUGGCAAUGUGUAUGACCUGAAGCCUCUGGGCCUGAAUGACACGGUCGUGAGUGCUGGCGAGUACACCUACCACCUCCGGGUCUGUGGAAAGCUCUCCUCAGAUGUCUGUCCAACUCAAGACAGGUCCCAGGUGGUCUCGUCCUGUCAGGAAAAGCAGGGACCCCAGGGCUUUCAAAAAGUAGCAGGUCUCCUUACUCAGAAAGUGACAUACGAAAAUGGAUUAUUAAAAAUUAACUACACCGGUGGGGAAAUUUGCCAUAACGUGUAUCAACGCUCUACAACCAUCUUUUUCUAUUGUGACCGCGGCACCCAGAAGCCAGUGUUUCUAAAGGAGACUUCAGAUUGCUCCUACCUGUUUGAGUGGCGCACACAGUAUGCCUGCCCUCCCUUUGAAAUGACCGAGUGCUCGUUCAAAGAUAGCGCUGGAAACUCCUUCGACCUGUCAUCCCUGUCAAAGUACAGUGACAACUGGGAAGCGGUCACGAGGACAGGGUCCACAGAGCACUACCUCAUCAACGUCUGCAAGUCCCUGGCUCCGCAGCCUGGCACUGAGCCGUGCCCCCUGGAAGCAGCUGUCUGUCUGCAGGAUGGCUCUAAGACUGUGAACCUUGGCCGAGUGAGGGAUGGCCCUCAGUGGAGUGAUGGCUCAAUCGUCCUCAAGUACGUGGAUGGAGACAUGUGUCCAGACCAGAUUCGGAAAAAGUCAACCACCAUCCGAUUAACUUGCAGUGAAAGCCAAGUGAACUCCAGGCCUAUGUUCAUCAGCGCGGUAGAGGACUGUGAGUACACAUUCUCCUGGCCUACAGCCGCUGCUUGUCCUGUGAGGAGUAACGUGCAUGACAACUGCCAAGUCACCAACCCCACCACAGGUCACCUGUUUGAUCUGAGCUCUCUGAGCGGCAGAGUCGGUUAUACCGCUGCCUACAGCGAGAAAGGGCUUGUCUACAUGAGUGUUUGUGGGGAGAAUGAAAACUGCUCUCCUGGCGUAGGGGCCUGCUUUGGACAGACCAGAAUCAGUGUGGGCAAGGCCAAUAAGAGGCUCACUUAUGUGGACCAGGUGCUGCAGCUGGUCUAUGAGGAUGGCUCCUCUUGUCCUUCCAAGCUGGGCCUAAGCUAUAAGAGUGUCAUCAGCUUUGUGUGCCGGCCAGAGGUAGGGCCGACCAACCGGCCCAUGCUCAUCUCCCUGGACAAGGAGACAUGCACUCUCUUCUUCUCCUGGCACACGCCACUGGCCUGUGAGCAGGUGAUGGAAUGUUCAGUGAAGAAUGGCAGCUCCAUCAUCGAUUUGUCCCCCCUGAUCCACCGUACCGGUGGCUAUGAAGCAUACGACGAGAGUGAGGACGACACCUCUGACACCAACCCCGACUUCUACAUCAAUAUCUGCCAGCCACUAAACCCGAUGCACGGGGUGGCGUGUCCUGCUGGGGCAGCCGUGUGCAAAGUCCCUGUCGACGGGGCCCCCAUUGAUAUUGGCCGGAUCGCAGGACCUCCCAUCCUCAACCCCAAAGCCAAUGAAGUUUACCUGAACUUUGAAAGUAGCACACCUUGCUCAGCAGACAGCCACUUCAACUACACCUCCCUCAUCGCCUUCCACUGCAAGAGAGGUGUGAGCAUGGGAACGCCCAAGCUGCUGAGGACCAGCGACUGUGACUUCGUGUUUGAGUGGGAGACCCCGCUUGUGUGUCCAGAUGAAGUAAAGACCAACGGCUGCUCACUGACCGAUGAGCAGCUCUACUACAGCUUCAACCUGUCCAGUCUGUCCACAAGCACCUUCAAGGUGACGCGAGACUCCCACACAUACAGUGUGGGUGUGUGUACUGCGGCUGCAGGCCUGGACCAGGGCGGCUGUAAGGAUGGAGGCGUCUGCCUGCUCUCCAGCAGCAAGGGGGCCUCGUUCGGGCGGCUGGCCUCCAUGCGGCUGGACUACAGGCACCAGGACGAGGCUGUCAUCCUAAGCUAUGCCAACGGUGACAGCUGCCCUCCAGAAACGGAAGACGGUGACCCCUGUGUCUUCCCCUUCAUCUUCAAUGGAAAGAGCUAUGAGGAGUGUAUCGUGGAGGGGAGGCCAAGGCCCUGGUGUGCCACCACCGCGAACUACGACCGCGACCACCAGAGGGGGUUCUGCAAGUUUUCCAACAGCCACAGGACGUCUGCGAUCAUAUUCAAGUGUGACGAAGAGGCUGACAUCGGGUGGCCCCAAGUCUUCAGUGAGGUUCGUGGGUGUGAGGUGACCUUUGAGUGGAAAACGAAAGUCGUCUGCCCUCCAGAGAAGAUGGAGUGCAAGUUUAUCCAUAAGCACAAAACCUAUGACCUGAGGCUGCUCUCCUCCCUCACCGGCUCCUGGUUCUUCGUCCAUGAUGGCGCCUCGUACUAUGUCAAUUUGUGUCAGAAGAUAUACAAAGGUCCCUCUGGCUGCUCCGAGCGAGCCAGCAUCUGCAGGAAGAGUACCUCUGGAAAGGUCCAGGUCCUGGGGCUGGUCCACACACAGAAGCUGGAUGUCAUAGAUGACAGAGUUGUUGUAACUUAUUCGAAAGGUCAUCGAUGUGAUCAGAAUAAGACUGCGUCCACAGUCAUAGAGCUGACGUGUGCGAAGACAGUGGGCAAGCCGGCAUUUGACAGGUUUGAUAUCGACAGCUGCACCUACUACUUCACCUGGGACACCCGAGCUGCUUGCGCCGUGAGGCCUCAGGAGGUGCAGAUGGUGAACGGGACCAUCACCAAUCCUAUAAAUGGCAAGAGCUUCAGCCUGGGAGACAUCUAUUUUAAGCUCUUCAGGGCCUCUGGGGACAUGAGAACCAAUGGGGACCAGUACCUGUAUGAAAUCCAGCUUUCUUCCAUCACCAGCUCCUCAAACCCUUCAUGCUCUGGGGCUAACAUAUGCCAGCUGAAGCCUAGCGACCAACGCUUUAGUAGGAAAGUGGGGACUUCCGAUAAAACCAAAUACUACAUUCAAGAUGGUGACCUUGAUGUUGUGUUCACCUCAUCCUCGAAGUGUGGCAAAGACAAGACAAAGUCCGUCUCGUCCACCAUCUUCUUCCACUGCGACCCUUCAGUGGAGGAAGGGAUCCCUGAGUUCAGCCACGAGACUGCCGACUGCCAGUACCUCUUCUCGUGGUACACAUCUGCCGUGUGUCCUCUCGGGAUGGGCUUUGAUGGCGAGAGCACUGGUGAGGACGAGCCAGAGCAUCAGGGGCUCUCGGGACGGAGCCAGGCUGUGGGGGCCAUUCUCAGCUUGCUGCUGGUGGCCCUGACGGGCUGUCUGCUGACCCUGCUGCUUUACAAGAAGGAACAGAGGGAAAUGGUGAUGAAUAAGCUCACCAAUUGCUGUAGAAGAAGCUCAAAUGUGUCCUACAAAUACUCAAAGGUCAACAAGGAGGAAGAGGCUGAUGAAAAUGAAACCGAGUGGCUCAUGGAAGAGGUCCAGGUGCCAGCCCCCAGGCCUGGGAAGGAGGGGCAGGAGAACGGCCACAUCACCACAAAGUCGGUGAAGGCCGAUGCCUUCACAUCCCUGCACGGUGAUGACCAGGACAGUGAGGAUGAGGUGCUGACUCUCCCAGACGUGAAGGUGCACUCUGCCCGAGGACCUGGGGUGGACAGCUCACACAAGACGAGCCCCCCGAGGAAGACGGAUAUGGAGCGGGAUGACGACAGGCUGGGGCUGAUCAGAGGCGAGAAGGCCAGGAAGGGGAGGCGCAGACCCGGCCAACAGAAGCCAGGAAACUCUGCCAGCCCAGUGUCCUUUCACGAUGACAGCGACGAGGACCUCCUCCGUGUCUAACCCUGGUGCCUAUGAGAAAAGAUGCAUCGGUGGCACAGCAAAGCACCUCCAACCAAAUAAGACUUUAUCGCCAUGACGCUUCUAUCAUUUUUGCCUUUAACAAAAACAAUUUCAAAAGGGAAGAGUUUUUGUGAUGGGGGAGAGGGGUCAGGAGGCCCGGCGCUGCUCACAUGGGUGCUCACGGUCAUUGGAACACAGCUUUGCUCAGAUUGGCCAGAGGGGGACCUCAUUCUGGGUUCUACCCCCAGUCGCCACUCAAGGGCAUAGCUGCAUGCGUGUCCUCACGCACCGGCCAACGCAUCUCAGAACAGGGGGCUGUUUUUGACAGGAAACCCUCUCUGCUUUAGUCCCCAUCGGGUAUUUGACCAUUAUAUUUAGCAUUUUAAUUCUCUCCUCCUAUUUAUUGACUUUGACAAUUACUCAGGUUUGCGAAAAAGGAAAAAAAAAAAAAAAAAGAAAA